AUGGAAAGUCCUGCAUCAUCAGCGGCGGACGCGUCAGUUGCGCCACGCGCAUCAGCUAGAGUACGUCGCGCUCCCGAACACUUCGUUACCAGCACCUUCACAGCAAAUGGAAAGCGGAAGCGUCCCGGAAACGAUGGAGCGGACGGUGAUGUCGACAUGGAUGAAGACGAUGCGGAAGCCGAGGAGGAAUCCGAAGAGGAUGACGACCCCGAGGACGACGAGCCGGCCGAGGAGGAGUUGCGUGAAAGGGCCAAAAGGGCACGCAAGCCUAAAAGUACUGCGGUGAAGGGCGCUGCAUCGAAGAAGCCCGCGCAGAAGAAGUCAAAGACUAACGGACUUACCCUACCUAUAAGAGGUACCGUAAAGGCUGCGCCCAAGAAACGAAUCCCGAAAAAGGCAAAGGUGCUCGAUGAGGCAGACGCGGAAGCUGCAGGUGGAUUGUAUGCGGACCUGUUCGCCCAUGAUAAGACGAUUGACGAAGUCGUCAAAGAGUGGCUCGCGGCGUUUGAAGAACACGAAUCAAGAGCGUUGGCCGAUGUCAUCAACUUUGUCCUGAAGAGUGCAGGCUGCAAUGGAAAGCUCACAGAAUUCGAUAUCGAAGACCCAGACGGAGCUACAGCGAGGCUCACUGAUCUGCAAGACGAGCACCAGGCUACAGAACCUACCGACUAUCCACUCAUCGCGAAGGGAAAGACUGGGGGAAACUUCAAGCAGAGCGUCACCGGCUUCCUCCACCGCCUGACCAAGGCUAUCGGGGCCAGUGGUCUCCUCACCUCGAAUCCGCAGCUGAUGGAGAACAUCGAGGUCUGGUUAUCCACCAUGAGCACAGCCUCAAACCGCUCUUUCCGACACACUGCGGCAGUAGCUUCGUUAAGCGUUAUCACCGCUCUAUGUGAGGUUGCCAGAGAACUUGUAGACCAGACAGCKAAUCUCAAGCGCUCCGCCGACGCCGAGCGCAAGAAAGCAAGAGCAAACAAGGAGCGAGUGAAGGACUUCGAUCGGAAAGCUGAAGAGGCAAGCGCGAAUUUGGAAUUCACGGAGGAGCGCCUGAGGGAUUGGUUUGAGACCAUCUUCAUCCACCGCUACCGAGAUAUCGACCCGGCUGUUCGUCGCGAUUGCGUUGCAGCUCUCGGAGACUGGAUCAUCAUCAUGCCCGACACAUUCUUCGACGGUCAUCAUCUCCGAUAUCUUGGGUGGCUGCUCAGCGAUGACAGUGGUGCCACCCGUUUAGAGGUCGUACAUCAGCUGCAACGCCUUUACAACGACAGCGAUAAGUUUGGGGGCCUCAAGACAUUCACAGAGCGAUUUCGGACGCGCUUUGUCGAGAUGGGAACAUCAGACGUAGACCUCAAUGUUCGAGUGGCAAGCAUUGAACUCUUGGGUGUUUUACGCAACAAUGAUCUUCUCGAACCUGACGACAUUGACGCAGUCGGUCGAUUGGUAUUUCACGAGGAGUCAAGGGUCAGGAAAGCCGUAGGGGGCUUCUUCUCCGAAAAUGUCAACGAUCUCUACGACUCAAAGGUGAUUGACCUUGAAGGCCUUGAGGCCUUGGAGGAGUUGCUACCAGACGCCAACGAGAAUAACUUCGAAGCGCCUCGCUUAGCAUGGCUCAAGUUCAAAUCGUUGGCCGAGGUGCUAUUGUCUUACGACCAUCACGAUCAGAUUCCUAAUCAGCUGCAACGCAGUGAUGCUGAUGGAAGCCUGAUUCUACUUGCCGCAGGUACAGAGUCUCGAUUCACUCUUGCAGUGGACGCUCUUUACGACAAGAUCAGCGAAUUGAAGGACUGGCAGGCUCUUGCAGGAUAUCUACUGUUCGAUCAUUCCGAAGGCCGACCACACGCAUCCACAUCCGACACUUUGUCCUCGUUGAAGCACGAGUGCACAUUGUCCGAAAGCGAGGAGAUGACCCUGCUGGAAGUGCUUAACGCGUGUCUCAAACGGUCGUUGACGGAUCUCGCGGACGCCAUUACAACAGCAAAGGGCAAAGGCAAGGCAAGCAAGAAGGACGAACUCCAGGAUGACCUCGAAGAGGCAGUUCGCAACCUUUCCGAUAUGCUCCCCAAGUUACUUAAGAAGUUCGGAGACUCUCCAGGCACCGCGGCUGCUGUCUUACGCUUGGAAGGCGUAUUCGGUCUACCUUUGCUUCAGAGCUUACGACAAGAUCCAACGAGUAACAACGCACUCCUUGAUGACUUACGCAAACAAAUCAUGUCGCAUUCGACCGACGAGGUUCUUGCGCCCGCUGCCACGGCUAUCCUACAUGCCAAAUCUUACGGAGAGUUGGACGAUACGGCAAUGGAGAAGCUGUCAGCCUUGUGGGAUGAUGUUGUGGGAAACCUGGCCGAGCUGCUCAACGUGGAUGUCAUCGAGGUUCGCGGAGCUUCCAGCAUCCAGGAGCUGGAAGCGCUCAGCAACAAUCUACUGAGAAUUAUUCGGCUUUCUCAGGUUGCCAGCUGCAUCUUGCCCCUGGAAGAUUCUGCGGUGUCCGGUACGAACGCUGCUGUCGACAAAGAGUACAGCGGCCCGAUUGACUUCAUUAUCGGUCUCAUCUUACGAGCUACCCAUUCCAAUGGUCCAUCACCUGAUCCACAAGAGGCGACUCUUGAAGAUCUCGUCGCAGCACGCGCCUGUGAAGCCGCGUUAUUCUAUACGCGCUGGAAGUUGUUGGAAAUCUGCGAGUCCAUUCAGGCAGGCACAAACUCCAGCGAAGCCUACGAAUCAUUAGAAGCACUUGCGACACGCCGAGACACGCUUGCUACCAACAUUGCUGCCGUGUUGGAUUCGAGGAAAACCAAAGACCAGAUCUCCUUGGUCAUGGCGGCAAGCAUCCUCGACUUGUACACGGCGUCGGCGUCUCUACGAACACAAACUGCUCGCCCGGGGACAAGCGACGAUUACACAGCGCUCGUCAUGGACAUGGAUACGCAGCACGAAAAUGCAGUCAUGAAAGUCUUCAUCGCUCAUGAGAAGGAGUUUGCCAGGCUCAGUGGCAAGAAACUUGAAGGAGCGACAAUCGAAGAGGCAGACGAAGACGUUGACGCUGAUCCCAUCGACGACGACCCUGUCUCCGACUCGGAAUCUGAAGAUGAAGCCACGCAGACGCAGACGCAGGAUGCACAGCGAAGUCGCGAUCUCAAGCUAAUGAAGCCAUUGAUCGCCGAGCAAAAACUCUGCGCACUGGCUGGUAAGCUGGCGCUAGCAAUUACGGCAGGUGUCAUCGAUGACAAGACUACGCGGAAGCGAUUCGAGCGUAACAGAACCAAGCUUGGUCCCAAUUUCAGGGAGUGUGUCGCCUACCUUGAUACGAGCGCCGUCAGCAAGAAACAAACCGGCAAAAGCAAAUCCGCAAAACUGAAUGGCAAGGCCGCGCCGAGAAAAGCAAAGGCAAAUGCGAAAAGCACCGCCCUCGUGGUCGACGACAUUGAGGAUGGAGUUGACGAAAUAGAGGACGAGGACGCGGGAGCGCAACCCGACGUGGAAGAGGACGAAGACGUGAUCAACGCUGAGCCACUGGAUGAAGAGAUGAACGGGGCUGACUGA